GAUUUCACUUGCAUCUUACAAUUAAGUUGAGCUCGCUGACUCCGCCCUUCUAACUCUGGGAGCCCAGAUACCAGCCUUCAUGUUGAUUAGUUCAGGUCCACACACAUGCUUGGAUGAGUCGGCUUCAGUGACUGUGGAUACCCUUUGUCCUACACGAGCAUUGCUGGGGAUUUGUUGUGCUUUGGAUGCUGAGAAGGUGUGGUUGGGCUCCUUGUUGCGAACAUCUCCUGACUAGCCUCCAGAUCCAAAUGCCCUUUGUUUGAGGGACAGGGCACCUUCUUACAUUUGUGGAUCUUCACUGAAUCUCCAAGAUGGAUAGGCCGUGAAUUUCCUGUACUUUCUUUAGCUACAUUAUUGCAGCUCAUGACUGACUAAGUGGUAAUUCUUUGCAACGUCAUUUUCCAUUCCAAAUUACAGACAGCAAAAACAGAGGUCAUCCCAUUGUCGACAUAAGGCUGGAACACUCUGCCCUUUGACUUCCUGUGCAUCGUCCAGGCAGCUCAAAGAGAUGUAGCCUAUGUUCUGAGUCUAAUUUCAUCAGACUUAACUGGCUUAAGUCCUCGAGGGGCCACUAUUUCAGACAGCCUCGGAUGGGCAUUGCAGUCACAACCUAUUAACUGCCCUGUCGUCACAUCUUCAGUUUUAGGGCCAACGCAAUGCAAAAGCACGUGGAGGUCAGAAUGCACGAAAGCCAUUUGGAGCCGACUCUGGAAACUCCUCAGCCGAUGUGCUGGGGAAUAUGUAGCAAGUUAAGGAAUAACCUCGUUCUCUUCCUCACCAUCCUUGGUGUGAUCGCCGGCUCAGUUACUGGGGUCCUACUGCGCCCAAUGUCACCACUAUCGCCCGAUGUGGUCAUGAUCAUCGCUUUCCCAGGAGACAUUCUGAUGAGGAUGCUGAAGAUGCUCAUCUUGCCUCUCAUAAUUUCCAGUCUGAUCACAGGACUGGCGGGGUUGGACGCCAAAUCCAGCGGCCGCCUGGGAACCAGGGCAAUGGUCUAUUACAUGUCCACAACCAUCAUCGCCGCGGUCCUCGGCGUCUUUCUGGUGCUGCUCAUCCACCCGGGGAACCCGAAACUCAAGUCUAACCUUGGGCCAGGCAAGAAAAAUGACGAUGUCUCCAGUCUGGAUGCCUUCUUCGACCUCAUUCGGAACCUCUUCCCGGAAAACCUGGUCCAGGCCUGCUUCCAGCAGAUCCAGACUACCGUCACCAAAGUGCCUGUGCCAACCAACAGAACAAGGGCACCACCGCAGUUCACCAUCAAAAAGGGCCUCCAGUAUAAAAGUGGCAUGAACGUAUUAGGUUUGAUCGGCUUCUUUGUGGCUUUCGGGAUAAUCAUGGGAAAGAUGGGUGAAAAGGCCAAACUCAUGCUGGAGUUUUUUAACGUUCUCAAUGAGAUUGUCAUGAGGAUAGUUGGCAUGAUUAUGUGGUACUCCCCUUUUGGUAUCGCCUGUCUCAUCUGUGGGAAGAUCAUCUCAAUCGAUGAUCUGGAAAUGGUUGCCAGGCAACUAGGAAUGUACAUGGUGACGGUAAUUGUGGGCCUCAUUAUCCAUGGUGCAAUAUUUCUCCCGCUAAUAUACCUAGUCAUCGUGAGGAAGAACCCGUAUGUCUUCUUCAUGGGUAUCUUCCAGGCCUGGGUCACUGCUAUUGGGACAGCAUCCAGUGCUGGCACCCUGCCUGUCACAUUCCGCUGUCUGGAAGAGAACUUGGGCAUCGACAAGCGAGUGACACGGUUCGUGCUCCCCGUGGGCGCCACUAUCAACAUGGAUGGCACCGCACUUUACGAGGCCGUGGCGGCCAUUUUUAUCGCCCAGAUGAACAACAUCAACCUUGACUACAGCCAGAUCGUCACUGUCAGCUUGACAGCAACCUUGGCAAGCGUGGGAGCGGCCAGCAUCCCCAGUGCCGGGUUGGUGACCAUGCUAUUGAUCCUGACCGCGGUUGGUCUACCCACACAAGACAUCAGUCUGUUAGUGGCGGUUGAUUGGCUGCUGGACAGGUUCCGAACCUCUGUCAAUGUGGUUGGGGAUUCCUAUGGGGCCGGUAUCGUGUACCAUCUAUCCAAAGAUGAGCUCGACGCAUUCGAUUUGAGCAUAAUGCGCUUGGCGUCGCAAAAAAUCGACGCCUUCGAAAUGACUAAAUCCCAGUCCUACUACGAGAACAACGCCAACCAGAGUGUUUACGAAGCCCGUCACAGCACAGUCAUGAUAGAUGACUGCAAGGUAUCCAUGGGCAAUGGAAACGGCCACCCCAACGGGCACACCAACACCGCCGAUUUCUCCCUUGUUGAGGAGGAACCGUGGAAGCGCGAGUAGAACAGCAUACAGAUCCUGCUCCGCCUUCCCCUGGUUUCCAGAAGCUUCCCCCUUCUGCUGAAAAAAACAGAAAGUAACUAAAUGUCAGAGCCACCAGAGCUCAUGGUAGCUUUGUAAUCUCUAUCCUUGCUCUCUGCUGGUCUCAUGUCGUGUGGUCUGACCAUGGUAAAUGCACUGACUAUGGAAUGAACAUACCCCAUCCCACAAAAAAAACAAACAAUGUACAACUAACGUACAAGAAGUUACAAAUGAUACAAGACCUACAUAGGUCUCAAUUAGAUCGCGACCUCCAAAAACCGAUUACUAAUGCUGAGCUGGUGCUUUCUGAGGCACAGUUUAGUGAGAAGGGCCCAUUCUGGGUGCUGCGUUCUGAGCCUUACUGCAUCCGGCCUGCUCUCUGAUAAACACGACACAGAAUGUUUGUCAUGCUACAUAAACUUUGGAGGUACAUAAACUUUGGUCCUUUUGGUUUUUUUUUUGUAAUCGAAAUAUGUAGGGGUUUUGUUAGCUUCAGAGGAAGCGCUGAGAAUGUGUGCUCAUGGGAUGUGGCUUUGCCACUUGUGUACAACGUUCAGUUGAGCUGUAUUAUGGUGGAAGUUGGAAACCCUCUCUUUAGAAAACCAUUUUGUCAGUCGUCACAAUUGAAUAAUAAUCACCAAGUUAUUUAAUUUUCAUAAACACUUGAAUGUCUUGUCUUUUUGGAGUGGUGGUCGAUUCAUUUUUACUAACUGGGGUUUCCAGAGUGUCUUUGACGCUUCCCAAAACCCGCUGCCUUCUGAUACAUAAGAAUAAAAUAACUUACACAGCCUUGGUGAAUGACAUCCCCCUUCCCACAAAAUAUAAAUGCAAAAACCGCCAAGACAGACAUCAAACUGAAUAGCUUCUAGCAGGACCACUUUUUUCAAACUGUCAAUGCAAAAAGAGUCCAAAAACAAUUGGAAGUAGAUUCACAAUUAUGCACGGCGCUGAAGGAGCUGCAGCACCUUUCACUGUUUUGACUUAGAGGAUUUAACUCUGGCAUCGGCACACAUGAUCAGCCCCUAAGCACUGGAGCUUACCUCUGGACUUAACAUCACUAAAUGCCUCCAAACUUGGCUGCUGGGUAUUUAUAGACAGCCAACAACGCAAAUGGCCCAUACGGACGGUGUUAGGAAGACAUGUGCAGAAGCAGGCGGGUAGUGGAUUUGAUUUGUUCCCUCCCCUGGCUGGAAAAGCACACACACACACACACACACACCAACAAUAAAUAUAUUAUAUAUGUUUUUGUGUGUGUGUGUGUGUGUGUGUCUGUAUAUAUGUAUGUCUGUGAAUGAGUGUGUGUGUGUGUGUGUGCAGGAAGACGAGGUGGAGUAGCAAGGGUGCAUUGUCUUGUGAGCUGAGUGCUUGUCUGCACGUGCACAGCGUGUUGCUAUUUCUAUGCUAAACGACAACCUUUUGCCUUGAAGAUGUCAACUGCAUGCCCUGCAGUCAGUCGGCGUGACGACUAGGACCAUGGAAAUUAGUCAAACCGUCCAUAUCCCUAGAGAAUUUGUCCACGUCCAAAUCCAGUGUCGCGCCGUGUGACACUGACCAAGGAAGGCAGGUCCUACCUUUUGUGAACUUUUAUUUUAGGCACUCUCAAACCAAGUGUUCGCUAUGUCAACACAGUAAAUAUAAUUGCAGCUAAUGUAUAUUGCAAUUACUAAUUAGAUUACUAUUUGGGGUUAGGCGUCAUGUGCACGAACGUGCACUGUUACUUUCACUGGAACAUGACUAAUGAUGUUCUGCAACGACAAGGAUAGAACUCUGCAAUGGAUUCUGGGUAGUGUCACAACAGGGCACGCUAGUUUAAGCCAGUGCUCACCAAACCACUCUAGCCAAAAUCUGAUAAACAGCAAUUAAAUCUCCAUGUUUAAAGUGCCUCCUUGCACUUUGUGUAUAUAACAUGUAGAUCCAGGUGUAUAUUUUGGUGAAAGUUGUAUAGAACUCCAAACAAAUACAAUCCCCCGGGGUUUUUGCUCAGGGUUUCAAUAAUUAUAUAAAAUGUAUGUAUAUGCAGAUAUAAAAAUGUGAACAACUUUGUUUGCAUUUUUCUUUGGCUAAGAGUCAAAUAGUUUCAUAUAGGUAAUUACUUGUUAAUAUACAUAUCCAAUUGUUUGGUCUUUUUCAGGGUGAUAGCUGUUGUUUAAACUCUUUAUGCAUACACAGAAUGUUCCAGAAUACAAGACUGGAAAGAAAGAAAAUUAUGAGAUAAAAUAUGUAUUUUUCAGAUGCUAUUAUGGACUGGGCGGUGUUAUUUCAUGGUUGCUUUUAAAGUGUUAUUAUUCAUUUUAUUAUUAGGAUGACAAGAUAAGAGGGAAGAGGCAAAUUAAUGGGUGUUGUUUUCUCAGAGCUGUAUCAAGAAGACAGGGCAGGCAUCAAAAGAGCGUUGGUGCUGGCAGCAAUGUCUGUUUUGUUAGCUGAACAUCAUAUCCAUCCCACCUUUGCAAAAUGUUGUCAAGGCAUAGCUUACCAUGGUAAACAAUCAGUGCUUCGUGAAUUCCUUUUUAUUUUUAGUCACACCUUUUGUCUCAGUUUGGCUUUUUCCUCUUGUAAUUUUUCUAUGUUGAAAUGUAAAAUUAGAUAAUUCUGUCUAUUUUCUAUCAUUGAUUUUGAUUUAAUGCACAUAUGGGUCAAAUAUCAUAUUGAAUUUUUUUUUUCUUUUUCUCACUGUUGUUUGACUUAUUUCAUUUCAGUCUGCUUAUGUACCAUGUCUGUGGUUGACAGUGAGAUUGUGUGAGAAGGUGUAGGAGGUGGUGAUAAAUGUUCAGUCUUUGUGACCGAACAAUAAUUGGUCAAAACUCCAAAUGACUACCAAUCUACCUGAUCACAUCUGACCCCAUAAUUUGUCUGUACCACAUGUGUCUACCAUGUCUGGUUUGCUUUGGCACAGGAUGGCUGCCCUUGACAGCAUGGUUCGGGCAUUGUAACAUACGUAUGUUCUGGAAUUACAAGCAAUUAUGAAUAAUGAAAUAAACUGUUGAUCCUGGCAAAUA